AUGGGCUGUGACAAGACAUUUACUAUUGGAACUUUGACGAAACAGGAGUCAUGGGCGCUAUUCAAGGAGCAUGUUGGAAUGAAUGUUGAAAAUUCUAUUAUAAGCUCAAUCGCAAGAGAAAUAACCACUGAAUGUGAUGGUCUACCGAUUGCAAUUGUGACUGUAGCCAGGGCACUGAAGAACAGGGGCAUGUAUGAGUGGCGUGAUGCUUUACAACAACUUAAAAGGUCUACAUCAACAAAUAUUGAAGGAAUGCAUGAAAAUGUAAUUUCAUCCUUGGAGUUGAGUUACAAUUUUCUUGAAAGUGAGGCAAAAUCUGUCUUCUUAUUUUGCUCUGUAUUUCCUGAAGAUUUCGUAAUUCCUGUUGAAGUCUUAGUGAGAUACGGAACAGGAUUGAGAUGGUUCAAAGACUUGGGGACAAUUGAAGAUAUUAGAGUCAGAACACAUGCUAUUGUAAGUAACCUUAUCUCUUCUUUUUUAUUGAUUGGGGAAGAAUUUGGGGAAGAAUAUGGUGAGAAAUCUAUCAAAAUGCAUGUAGUUCGUGAUGUUCCACAUAUCAUAGCACCCAAACACAACCAUACAUUCUUAGUAAAAGCUGGUAUUAAUUUGAAAGAGUGGCCAGAAAGAGAUAUAUUUGAAGACCUCAUGUGUAUCUCAUUGAUGUUUAAUGAUAUUAAAGAGGUACCAGAUGUGAUAGAAUGCCCAAAGUUACAGUCGUUACUGCUGCAACAAAAUUCUGAAUUGGUUGUUCCUAAUAAUUUCUUUCAAGGCAUGAAAAAUCUUGGAGUUCUAGAUUUAAGUGAAACUCAAUUAUCACCAUUGCUUGAGUCGCUUUCCUUUCUUGUAAACCUUAGAACUUUGUAUUUAAUGGUUGCAAAUUGGGUGACUUAUCUAUAA